GCCAGCCCCACAGGUCUUGGUGAGGUGGGUGACUCUCCAGGAUGGGAGACAAGCCAAUUUGGGAGCAGAUUGGAUACAGCUUUAUUCAGCAUUACUACCAAUUAUUUGAUAAUGACAGAACCCAACUAGGCGCAAUUUACAUUGAUGCAUCAUGCCUUACGUGGGAAGGACAGCAGUUCCAGGGGAAAGCUGCCAUUGUGGAGAAGUUGUCUAGCCUUCCGUUCCAGAAAAUCCAGCAUAGUAUCACAGCGCAGGACCAUCAGCCUACACCAGAUAGCUGUAUCAUCAGCAUGGUUGUAGGCCAGCUCAAGGCUGAUGAAGAUCCCAUCAUGGGUUUCCACCAGAUGUUUCUAUUAAAGAACAUCAACGACGCUUGGGUUUGCACCAAUGACAUGUUCAGGCUUGCCCUGCACAACUUUGGCUGACCUCCUGGCCAGACACUCACGCUGUUUCCUCCUCCCUCCUCUUCCCAAUACUAUCUCACUCCUCCAGAUGCUCCAAAUAUCAUACACAAAUGAGCAGGGCCGAGGUGGGAGUGGGUGCAGUGCGCUUCUGUCACCACGGUGUUGUGCAUGAUGUUUGGAUGCUAGACUAGUUGCAUCUGACAGGAGACGUUUGUGUUGUACCAGCGCAUGCCUUGGAAAGACUUAAGUAAUGCAAAAGAUUGUCGGUUUUUGUUUUA